UGCGUGUCGCGUGAGCCUUCGAAGUGACAUUGACAGCUUCGAUUCGGCCAUCCCGCUCCCCACCACACGAUCCCUUAUUGACGACUCGAUUCGGAUGCCAUGCUCCCGUCUUUUAGGGCUCUAGCGGCUCAGCAAGCGCUGAAGCUCGCCGUCAUCGGUGCCGGACCAUCAGCGUUCUACGCUUCAGCGCGCGUUCUCUCCCACUUCCCUGCCGGCAAGGAAAAUGAGUGUGACGUCGAGGUGCACAUGUUCGAGCGUCUGCCGACACCACAUGGGCUGGUUCGGUAUGGUGUAGCGCCAGACCAUCCGGAAGUCAAGAACGUAGAACAUAAGUUCGCAGAGGUCGCAAAAGAUCCUCGCUUUCAUUUCUAUGGCAACGUCAAUGUUGGACACAGUCCGACAACCUCGGCAGCUGCUUAUCCGCUUGCAAACCAUGUCCCUCUCUCCUCACUCUUGCCACAUUACACCCACGUCCUCUUUGCAUACGGCAGCUCGCUUGCUCGUCCGCUGGGCAUUCCAGGGUCCGCCCCGGGAGAGUUGGCAAACGUGCACUCCGCCCUCGACUUCGUGAAUUGGUACAAUGGCCACCCCGUCGCACAUGAUCCUAGCCUUCGGCGAGCAGGCGCUGCGUCAUUUGAGUCUUUCGCCUCGCACGGACGGUCGUUGGAGCACAUGACCAUCAUUGGUGCAGGCAAUGUCGCGCUUGAUGUUGCGCGUAUCGUCCUGCGCGCUUCAUGUAGCGGCUUGCAAGGCAGCGACACGCCGGCAGCGCGUGCCUACCUUGCCCAGUCAGACGUUCCCGAACCGGUCCUCGCAGCUCUGUCCCAGAGUCGCAUAAACGAGGUGGACAUUUUCGCUCGGAGAGGUCCAGCACAUGUUGCAUUCACCAACAAGGAGCUCCGGGAGAUGAUGGCGCUGCCAGGAAUUUCCUUCCGCCCGGCUGACAAGACGCAACUCGAUGAAGCGGAGCAGCUCGUCGAGCGCGCCGAACACGAGGGUACGGAAAGGGGGAGUGCAGAGGCAAAGUCUGGAGCAAGGGUCAAAAUGCGCUUACUUUCGCUCUUGGCCAAAGGCAGUCAGACCAAGUACGAUCCGGCGCGCGAGGGCAAGUCGUGGGGCCUCAAUUUCUUCCGGGCGCCAGCAGCCCUGUCUGGGCCAAAAGUACAAGAUGGACCCGCAGGACCACCGAGACCCGUGAGGCAAGUCACCUGGAACCUCACGCAGCUCCCCAACCCGCGGCCGGUGGCAGCAGGCGCAGAAGCAAGUAUCGUGCACGACAGCCGAGCAUGGGGCAAUCCCGCUCCGGUGAAUGUGCCGGCAACAGGCGAGCAGGAAAAGAGGCCCACAGAUCUUGUGAUUUCAAGCAUUGGUUACCGGUCCGAGUCGAUCGCCGAAGCUGCUGGCGACCAUGAUCUACCUUUCGACGACUCUCGCGCUGUCGUGCCCAAUGAGGGUGGACGUGUCACGACGUUGCCGCAAGGGAAAGUCGUGCCCGGGCACUACGUCUCUGGCUGGCUCGCCCGCGGGCCGGUGGGAGUCAUCGCAUCGACCAUGUAUGACGCCUACUCUGUCGCCGAUUUACUCGUGCAGGAUUGGCAGCAGGGAGUCGCACAGGCUCAUGGUGGCGCGGACGGCCUUCCGGCGGAACUGCGUCAGCCGACGCACAAAGUGGUGACGUACAAGGACUGGCAACGGAUAGACAGCAUAGAAAAGGAGCGAGGCGCCAAGCUAGGCAAGCUUAGGGAGAAGAUUCUCACCGUUCAAGAACUGCUUGAAGUGGCAAGCUAAUUGCAAACAAAAUUGCAU